AUAAAAUUGCAGCAGCAAGCUUGUGGACUGUACAGUGGUUAACAGAUAGGCUACAUCAUGUCUUUGAAUGGCAAAUAUGUGCUGGAGAGUCAGGAGAACUACAAGGAGUUCCUGCAAGCUCUUGGAGUGUCACAGGUGCAGGUGGUCAAUGAAGACAUGGUGACUGACAUCUACCAGGGCACUUACAACAGGAUUGCCAAAUUUAUGGGUGCUGAUGUGUUGACCAACACAUUCAUGCCUGGCAAGGAGUCAGAACUGGAAGAUCUGGACGGCACAACAUUCACGACUACUGUCAAUUUGGACAGAGGUAAAAUCAAGAUCCAGUUCCCAAAAUAUGUUUACACUGCCGAGGUAUCUGGAGACAAACUUAUUGAAAUUAAUUCCAUUCCGGAUGGGGUUACCAACAAAAUGGUUAGCAGGAGACUACUAGAUUAGUCAAAAAUAAAGUCUUGCAAACUGCAUUUAAACCUAAUAAACACACACUCAACAUG